UUAAAAGGUUCUAUGGUGUGUGUUUGUUUUUUUGACGGCGCGGUGAGUUUGAGGGAGGCGAGCGACGCUGCGAGAAAAGCGCAUUUAGGACUUGAAGUGUGUGACCAACAAGAUAAUGACUCCUCUUCAGCAAAGCAUUUGGAAUAUGAUUAAAUGUUUCCGGAGAAAUUGGCGCUUAUUUUCAGAUUCAGAAAGGACUACAGUAUGUGGGGCAGAUUGUAUGCUGAUGGCUUUGCACUUAUCUGUUGCGGAAAUUAAUAAGAAGCUUUAUGGUGAGUUUAAAGCAUCUCUUAGUGAAGUGAUACUAUCUUGGAAUUACUUUGUUCCUGACAAAUUAGGUAUAUUAUCUGAAAAUGCAAACGCUCCUGAAAAUUAUAUAGACAUCAAAAAUACCUAUGCUAGCUUUUUAAAGCACUGCAAUAUGAUGGAUCUUGUAGAUAUAUAUAUAAAAUGUGAGACACUAGGACUGCAAAUUGAAUCUAUACCUUCUGUACAAUUGUUAGAAUUUAUUGCUGGAACAGCAGAUUUAACAACCGAGAACAAUUCUACUAAUUAUGCACUCUCCACACCAACGAGAAAAAUAAACCACGAUAAGGAAGAGCUGCCAUUGAUGGUGAAGAAAAUUUUGUUUGCAUAUUUAACCUUAUUGGUUAAUUCCAAAAAUGAUAUGGCUUUUGCUCACAUUUUAAACAUUCCUGACAGAGGACUUGGAAGAGAGGCUUUUACUGACCUAAAGCAUGCUGCCCAGAAGAAACAAAUGUCUAUAUUUCCGAUGGCAACUUCAUUUAUACGUGUCAUAGAACUUGGAGGAAAAGGAUAUGCUCCUUUACCAACUGAUCCUUUAAGAACUCAUGUGAAGGGGCUUUCUCAGUUUAUUCACUUUAUUGAUAAAUUAGAAGAAAUUAUUGGUGAAGAUCUGGAUUCAAGACAUGCAGGGGGCCGAAUCCUAUCAACAAUCAAGAUGCAGUUGAUAAAAGGCCGAAACAGCAGGGAUCCUUUCUGUCAAGCAGCAGAGGACGUUGUACAAGAUUUGGAUUUGAGGAUUAAAAAUAUUAUCAGUUUUCAGCAUGAGGCUGUGGCAGCCAGCGCUACUGGAAUCAGUCCAGCCCGACCAAAACUACAUUCUAUAAACCACGACACUGUUUACUGUGGCAGAGAUACUGUGAAGUCCUUAUUGGCUGUUUUAGAUGAAGCAGCUAGUUAUCCUCCUCUCAGCAACAAAGCUCUCCUGUUAUUUGGAAGUGAAGAAUUUGGAUUUCCUUCUACCAUGUUAUUGUUCAGAUCUCCAACACAGUCCAGAGGAUCUUCUCCCAAAGCUCUGAGACAACGGAUUCAAAUGGAAGCGUGUGAAAAAAUCAAGUUGAAGCAACCUUUAAUUAGAUCUCAGUUUGCUUGCACUUAUAAAGAUGACCAAAUACUCAAGCCAAAGAAUCAACCCUCCAGUUCAUCUCCGGUCGUAACAAAUGCACUCCAAAAAAUGGCAACUUCUCAUAUUGAAGACAGAUCAACUUCAGAAAGCCUGAAUUCAUCACUUGAAAAUACUACACGCGGAACUGGUUCUGGAAGUAUUUGUCAGAAUGGAAGGAGAAGAAAAGAAAUAGGAAAAUUAAGUUGCCAGCUAGAAAACAAGAACCCAAAGAGAAAGCUGGUGGAAAGAAUGAGUGAAAAUGUCAUAUUGACUAAUGAAAAUGAAACACCACAGCAUAUAUACCAUAAGAAACCAAAGAUGCAAGUGAUAUGCCAAAAUAGUUUGGACAGCAAACUAAAAGAAACCAGAAAAUCCAAAAAGGCUAUACCCAAAAAUAAGCUUAUUAUUGGACAAGCGAAACUCACUCAGUUCUUUAGGUUGUAAAUGUCAGUGGCUUAAAAAGGCAAAAAGUUGGCUAUAUUAGGAUUUCUAUUGCAAUCAUGAUUAUGCAGAAGUUUUAUAAAAAUCAAAUCAUCAAGUUUUAUGCAGAAUUCUCAGUUUAAUAAUGCACUGUAACUUUACACUUGUUUCCACAUGUGGCAUUCUGACAUAGAAAUAUUUAGAAUCCUUACAGUAAACACAUAGCAAUAUUUUAACCACAAUUACAAUUUUUGUGACUUAUCAAGGAAAGGGCUUGUCUCUUCCCAGUGAUUCACUUCAGGGUCGUUUUAGGCUUGCCAACAAGGUCGAUACACUCUUCCCAGCAUACAUCUCAGCACUAAAGAAAACACACCAAAAUUUUGUGGUUUUGACUCUCACAUACGUAUUUUUAUAAACAAGUUUAACUACAUUGUCAUCUGUAGUAAAUUUUUAUUCAUUUGAAAUUUUAACUCAUUUUUUGCUAAUAAAUAUUUAGAACAUGCUAUCUUUUAUAUCUUACA